AUGUCCAGUCAGCUUGGGUUUAAUGGAAGAAAUCACGAAGAUCAUGUUGAAGAUGAGGUGAAAAAUUCUACUUCUGCCGGUCAGCUUGGGUUCGACGGAAGGAAUCAUGAAGAUCAUUUAAAAAAUGAGGUGAAAAAAUCUAGUUCUGCUGAGUUAAUGGAUCAUAAUGGUUCCAUGCCAAUGGUAAGAUCUGAAGAACAAAAUUUGGUCAGUAAUGAGGAGUCGCAUCUGCCAUCAGGUUCUGUAGAAUCUUUGGACACACUAGACCAUAGUGAUAAUGUUGAAGACCAAAUGAAUAGUAAGAAUGAGAUCAGCUCAGUAUUGGAUUCUGAAAGUAUUUUGGUUCUGAUGUCAAAACGGAAUGCUUCAAGUGGAACUGUUUGUGAGCAAAGUCAUUUUUCUCAUAUUAAGUUCUACCGGAAUUUUGAUGAUCCUCUUGGAAAGUUUUUGUGGGAAAAUUUACUCAAGCAGGGACUCCAGUGCAAGACUUGUGGUAAACCCCCAGAGGGUCAUUUUUUCUAUUAUGCACAUCACAAUAAGCAAUUAAGUAUUCAAGUUAGACGUCUUCCUGAUGGAAAAUGUCUGCCUGGUGAAACUGAAGGGAAGCUUUGGAUGUGGAGUCGCUGUGGUCAAUGUAAAUUUCAGAAUGGAAGCUCAAAAUCCACAAAAAGGGUUUUGAUAUCCACUGAUGCUCGUAGUUUAUCAUUUGGAAAGUUUUUGGAGCUCACUUUUUCCAACCACUCGUCAUUCAAUAGUCCAUCCAGCUGUGGUCAUUCUUUUCAUAAGGAUUUCCUCUACUUCUUUGGAUCUGGCCCAAUGGUUGCAGUGUUCAAAUUCUCACAAGUUGCUACUUAUUCGGUGUCUCUGCCACAUCAGAUGUUGGACUUUAACUCUUCAGUGAGAGGAGAGUUUCUAAAAGAAGAUUUUCAGAAGGUGCACGUGAAAGGGACUAAAUUGUUCUUGGAGAUAGAAAAUUCUUUGAAGGAUUUAGAAACUCGAUACAUUGGUGUAACUCUCAACAUUCAGGGAUCAAGUACGAAAUUUUCCGAUAUCACGGAGAUGUUAAAGCAGGAAAAAUCUCAAUUCGAGGCUGGUUGUUUACGUCAAUCAGUUCAUUUACGACAUUCAGCAUUAAAUAUGCUGAUGAUGUACUAUUUUAACAUAUAA